AUGAAAAGUCAACAAAACGAAGAGCGGACCUCAACUUCCACAACAGCACCGACGCAGGCACAUCGCGACGCGACUACUAUUAACGGCAAAACGCCAGCUAAAGUGACAGGAAAUGCACAACAAAAACAACACUUCCCACUUCAUGUGCAUGCGAGAGCCAAUAAUAAUCAAAAUAAAGCGUGUAAUAUUAGUAAUAACACCAGCAGUGCCGGCGCUUCGCUGAAAAAUACUGCGAAUGCAGCACCGUUGGCGCCAACAACAACAACAACAACUGCGACAACUACUUCCCCAACUGUAAAUAGUGCUGUAGACAACACCAAUAAUAAUAAUAAUAACAACAGCAACAGCAGCAAUGGCAGUGGGAGCGGUAGUGGCAGUGGUAAAAGUUCCCCAGCCAGCAGCAUUGGCGUUGGCUCUACGAAUGCUGCUCUCACCGCUUUAACCGCUUCCUCGAACAACAACAACAACAACACAAUCACUAGCGCCAGCCACAGCAGCACUUCGACUAGCGUGCUGCUGCGUAAGCAAUUCAUCGCCUCAUCGAAUGGCAGCAAUGCGAGUUUCAGCUCGGCAUCGGUCGCCGGUUCAAUACAGCGUUUCAGCGAAAUAAUUAAGUUUACAGGAGCGCCGCUGCCGCGCUGCCGGAAUUUGGUAGUGCGCAGAACAAAGACGCUUGCCGCCGCCACUAAGCCGGCAGGUAAAGUAAGACUAAGCGAAGAAGAAAAGGAAAAAGUAGAAGUUAAAGCUGCUUCUACUCCUGCUGCUGAUGUUAUUGUAUUCGCUGGUGCACUUACCAUAACCGCUAAUCUCUACGGCUGCAAUAACAAUAACAACAACAAUGGUCGUAGUGCCACAUUAGAUUGCAUUUAA